AAGGAUACUGACAGUGUCCCAGUCUGUGUGUGAAAGUAAAGCGCUUGUUUUGGAUAUUACAGACACCACAGACCAUCACAAACUGUCUGCGCUCUAGCAUGAGUUCUGCAGCAUCCCUGGAUUAAUCGCACUUCCAAAGCGCAAGUUCUCUGGCACUUUGUGGAGGACGAGCCGCGCGCAGAAAACAACGAUGGAGAGGAGCAUCCCGGGAUGGUGUGUGCUGUUAGCCCUUGUCCUGCACGGAACGGGCUGUAUGGCGGCAAAGGAGCUCCAGUGCCAGGAGAUCUCUGUGCCUCUGUGCAAAGGAAUCGGCUACAAUUACACCUACAUGCCCAACCAGUUCAACCACGACACGCAGGACGAAGCCGGGCUGGAGGUGCACCAGUUUUGGCCGCUGGUUGAGAUAAAGUGCUCCCCGGACUUGCGCUUCUUCCUCUGCAGCAUGUACACGCCGAUCUGCCUGGAAGACUACAAGAAGCCUCUGCCGCCGUGUAGGAGCGUAUGUGAGCGAGCCAAAGCUGGCUGCGCUCCCCUCAUGAGGCAGUACGGAUUCCCGUGGCCAGACCGGAUGAGGUGCGACCUGCUGCCAGAGCAAGGCAACCAGGACACGCUGUGCAUGGACUACAACCGGAGUCAGACCACCACUGCAUCCCCCGUGGUGGCGAAGUCGACCAACCGACCCGUGAAGCCGUACAACCCGAGGAAGAAGAGCGGCUACGGUCGCGGCAUCCCCGGGAAACACAAACCAGCAGCGUCUCCGUGCGAGCAGGGAUGCUUCUGCCGCGCGCCCAUGGUGCCAGUGACCGGCGACAGCCACCCGCUUCACAACCGCAUCAAGACGGGACAGAUCCUGAACUGCGCCAUGCCGUGCCACAACCCUUACUUCACCCAGGAAGAGAGGACUUUUACCGCCUUCUGGAUUGGCCUGUGGUCCGUCCUGUGUUUCAUCUCCACUUUUGCAACCGUGGCGACCUUUUUAAUCGACAUGGAGAGGUUUAAGUACCCAGAGCGCCCCAUCAUAUUCCUCUCCGCCUGCUAUAUGUUUGUGUCCAUUGGAUACAUUGUCAGACUGAUCGCCGGACACGAGGAAGUGGCAUGCAACAGGGAGAACGGCGCGGAACACAUCCACUAUGAGACCACAGGUCCUGCGCUCUGCACCAUCGUGUUCCUGCUCAUUUACUUCUUCGGCAUGGCCAGCUCAAUCUGGUGGGUGAUACUUUCCCUCACUUGGUUUCUCGCCGCCGGUAUGAAGUGGGGGAACGAGGCCAUCGCCAGUUACGCACAGUACUUUCAUUUGGCCGCCUGGCUCAUCCCCAGUCUGAAAUCCAUCGCAGUUUUGGCUUUGAGCUCAGUGGAUGGAGACUCCGUGGCUGGGAUUUGCUACGUAGGCAACCAGAAUUUGGAUAACCUGCGAGGUUUUGUGUUGGCACCGCUGGUUAUCUAUCUGUUCAUCGGCACCAUGUUUCUGCUGGCCGGGUUCGUCUCGCUUUUCAGAAUCAGGAGUGUAAUCAAGCAAGGGGGCACCAAGACGGACAAAUUGGAGAGGCUGAUGAUCCGAAUAGGAGUUUUCACAGUUUUAUACACUGUCCCAGCCACUGUCAUAGUGGCGUGUUACUUUUACGAGCAGCACAACAGACAGACGUGGGAAAUUACGCACAACUGUACGUGCAUGACUGACCCGAGCAGGCAAAGGCCGGACUAUGCUGUGUUCAUGUUGAAAUACUUUAUGUGCCUCCUGGUAGGCAUCACUUCGGGGGCCUGGAUCUGGUCCGGGAAAACCUUGGACUCCUGGAGGACUUUUUGCACGCGGUGCUGCUGGGGGAGUAAAGCCUCCGCGGGCUCCAUGUACAGUGACGUGAGCACGGGACUGACCUGGAGGUCCGGGACGGCCAGUUCCGUCUCAUGUCCCAAACAGAUGCCACUGUCCCGGGUUUGAAAGGAGGAGAGGGGGGGGUUAUCCGCUCAAAUGCAGCUUAUGUCAUUUGACACUAAAGACUUAAAACCAGCGCAUAUCAGCUCUUUUGGGGGACGAAGGGUCAUAAAGACUUAUUUUAAAUAUUGUGUUUGGUUCAUUUGGUAAAUUAUUCAAAGUCACCAAACUGCCAGUUUAUAUGUGACUUUGGUCUCAAACACUCCUUUUGGGAUUUGUGGUCAUUUAAGCUCCAUUCUGCUUAUAAAAGUUAUAAGAUCAGUUUGGACUUCUACUAAUGGAAAGUGCUCCUUCCUUGCCUUAUCCAAAUGACGUCCAUGAGUUUGAAUAGAGGGUGUUUGGGAGGGGAGGGGAGGAGGGGGGGUGACUAAUUGUGUUGGGAU